AUGUUGCUGAGUUUUCACCGCGUGGUUCCGCACAGCAGGCGAGUCACGAACCCCACAGAGCACGUGACACUCGAAGAGUCUCUCGACAUGCCGGGCCUGGAGGAAGUUGACGUUCUCCCGUGCUUCAUGCAGCCGGAGCACACGGAAAGUGCGAAAUUAGAGGAAGCUGGGGCCGACAUUCUGAACAAGCUCUACACGGUCGAAGUCCAGCCAAGCACGAGCAUCAAGUGCAAGGGCAUGUCUCGAGAGGAGUACAGAUUCUAA